AUGGCGCUCUGCGCUGACCUCCGGAAGUUUAAGCUCAGCGUGCAGAACCUCGGCACAAAGUUUGACGUCAUCCUCAUCGACCCCCCAUGGCCCGAGUACUCGCGCCGCGUGGCGGGCAUCGUGCGGCCGGGGGAGGAGGACUGGGACUGGGAGGAGCUGCGGGCCCUCGACAUUGCCGCCAUCGCCGCUGACGUCAGCUGCUGCUUCCUGUGA